CAGCCACUUCCAUUCAAUUAUUACAUCUACUAUUUUAACUUUGCCUUUCUCCUCUCCCAUUCCCUUUAACCCAAAAAAGAGAACAACCCAAUUCGUUCUCCUUUCAAAAUUUCUUCUUUAUCUCUUUGUCAUCAUAGCUCAUGUGCUCUCAUCCUGGAUAUCUUUUAUCAAAAGGGAACAUGUCUACCUUUUUCCUCUCGGGAGUUGCAUGCAGAUUAAUUUUUUUUGUGUGGACUCGUGCUUGGUGCGUCUCUCUCCUUCGUGAUAUAAGCGUAUGCUGUAGAGAUUAUGAUAUGUGAUUCAUGGACAACUUAUUGUAGUAACCACGAAUUUUACUUUCAGGCAAUGGUUGCUCUUCCCCGCAUUUUUUAUAGUGAAUUUCGGGCUGAAUUGCCAGAUGAGGUUAGAUUUGUUGAUUUCUCGGGUCGUUAAUUCACCAUGCUGCUCCAGAAGACUCCUUCUCUUUGUCUAAUAGUGGGCAGAUUGACUCAAUUAAUUAAUGCCUUUAGCAUCAAGGGAAGAUGUUGGUUCUUUAUGGCCUAUGUUGGUAAUGCCGAGUUCGUUAUUUUUCAUGUGCUAGAUGCAAAUGCACGUUUCCCAUAUGCGGGAGUAUCCUCGGACGAGCCUUUUGCUGUAGCUGAACUAUUAGGGAAUAUUUAUAAUUUUGCCGCUUAUUUUGUGCCUGCUUUGGGUAAUGAUGAGGAUUUGUUGCUACCAGAUUCAUUCCACUCUAAUUUGGCUUCAGCAAUAUAUCCCAAUGGUGAUACAUAUACCAUCCAAUUUGCAUCUACCACACAAAAUUUGCCCACGCUAUCAUUGCUUCUGGAGAUGUAUUUGACUUUUGUUACUGCAUUUGCUGUAAUGCCUCUUGAUUAUCGUGCCUUCACUUCAAUGAUUGGUCAUUAUUCAGUUGCGUACCCCGGAGUACUACUCAGCUUGCUACCAAACCGUGAGGCUGUUGUAGUCGACAAAAAGAUUACAAAAUACCAAGCUGACGAGUAUAUUCUUGUGAAAAUUUAAUCAGUGGUCCCGUGUUUGUGUGUUUGGUUUAUAUUGAUUUUCAUCCUUGAUGUUUACAUCUAGGUAGU